AUGGGUUUGGGCAAAGUUGCUGUCAAGAUACGCGGCGCCGAGUGCGGCAUUGAAGCCAUCAUACUUGGAGUGAUUACUUCGAUAGGUGGUUUCCUGUUUGGUUAUGACACGGGUCAAAUUUCAGGAAUGCUCAUCUUUGAGGAUUUCAUCCAGCGAUUCGGACAGGACCAGGGCAAUGGCGAAAAGGCUUUCAACCCCACGAUUCAAUCCUUGCUCGUUUCCCUCAUGUCCAUCGGUACCCUCAUCGGCGCACUUGCUGGUGCCUACACUGCUGAUUGGUUCGGUCGUCGACGCAAUCUGACCGUUGGUGUGGCCAUAUUCGUUAUUGGCAACAUCAUCCAGGUCACCGCGAUGACCACCUGGGUACACAUGACAGUUGGUCGCAUUGUCGCAGGUCUUGGUGUCGGUAUCCUGUCUAUUGGCGUACCAAUGUACCAAUCUGAAGUAUGCCCUCGAGAGAUUCGUGGUGCCGUCGUCGCAUCUUACCAACUCAUGAUCACUGUUGGAAUUCUCAUCUCCAACAUCAUCAACUACGGAGUCCGCGACAACCCAGGCGAGGAUAGCGACGCUGCCUGGAGGAUCGUUAUCGGGUUGGGAAUCGGCUUUUCCCUUCCUCUUGGUAUCGGUGUACUUUUUACACCGGAGUCUCCAAGGUGGUUGGCGGGUAAAGGACGAUGGGAAGAGGCACGCAUGUCAAUGGCCCGUCUUCGAGGCCUUGUGCAUGACCCCAACCACGAGCUGGUCAACUCGGACUUCAAGGAAAUGGAGGAUUCCAUCAACGAACAACAGAGCGCUGGACAAGGUACCUGGAUGGAAUGCUUCACUGGCCAGCCAUCCGGCAUUCCGCUUCUUGCUUACCGAACCCUUCUCGGAUGUGCUCUGCAAUUUUUCCAGCAGUGGACCGGUGUCAACUACUUUUUCUACUACGGAGCGACCAUCUUCCAAUCGGCAGGUAUUGACGACCCUCUCCAGGUUCAACUCAUUCUUGGCGCUGUCAAUGUGGUCAUGACCAUUCCUGGAUUAUGGUUCAUUGAGCGAGUUGGUCGUCGUGUGCCUCUCGUCGUUGGUGGUCUGUGGCAAGCUGUCUGGCUGCUGAUUUUUGCUAUCAUCGGUGUCGUGCUACCGCCACAGGACAACCCGGCCGCCGGUAUUGUUAUGAUUGUCGCUGCUUGCAUGUUCAUCGCAAGUUUCGCCUCUACCUGGGGGCCUUUCAUUUGGGUUAUCAUUGGAGAGACGUUCCCACUCCGCACUCGCGCGAAGCAGGCCUCUUUGGCUACUGCUUUCAACUGGCUCGGCAAUUUCAUGAUCGGUUUCCUUACGCCGUAUGCUGACGACGGUAUCGGUUACGCCUUCGGUUUCGUCUUCUUCGCAUGCAACUUCGUUGCGGCAGGUAUCGUUUACUUCUUCGUAUUCGAGACCAAAUCAUUGUCUUUGGAGAAUGUCGAUAUCAUGUACUCGGACCCAAACAUAUCGGCUAGGACCAGUAAGAAGUGGGUCCCAGCUGGAUACAUCAGCCGUAACGAACGUGACGACACUUAUUGGGAGCGUCGUCACAGUGUUGUUGGUGCUACUGGUGCUGCAGCAUCCGAGAAGGUCGGCGACAAAGAUGUUGAUACUUCGCCUGAGAGGGGCAUAUACGAAUACGGAGCUAUGCCGCCAGCAGUACCACUUCACAACACCAGCAACCUCGCCAAAUUAGCGCGUCGGGCCCUGGUCACAGCGGGGCCGGCUGUCGCUUCGCAGGCCUCGCAUCACUUCGAGCGUCGCGGAUUGAGUGUAAAUCAUACUCAAGGAGUUACGCUGGGUGUUAUUGCUGCAUAUGUUGUUGUUAUUGCGUUGUUGUGGAAUUUACCGUAUGUGCGAUGGGUGUUGUGGCCGUUCAAGAUGCUAGUCAUUGCCUUCCACGAAUUCUCCCAUGCAAUAACGUCUUGUUGUACUGGCGGGCGAGUAGAGUCAAUCUCUCUUGAUCCUCAUGAGGGAGGUGUGACGCACAUGCGCGGCGGCAAGCAAUUCAUUACUCUACCUGCUGGCUACUUGGGGUCUUCGUUGAUCGGCGCUUUGCUUACCUUCUGCGGCUUCAACAUCGUGGCCUCCAAAGUAGCGAGUAUCGUGCUAGGCGUGUGUUUCCUACUGACAUUGUGGUGGGCGAGAAAAGACUGGUUGACGAUUGUGACUAUUCUACUCAGUGUAGGGUUGCUUGUGGCGUUCUGGUUCAUCGAACAUGGCGAAGCGUUGAGGUUCAUGGUCCUCUUUAUCGGCGUCAUGUCUUCUCUAUACAGCGUGUGGGAUAUCUGUGACGACCUCAUCCUCCGCAAGGUUAAUUCUUCCGAUGCCAGCGUCUUCGCCAAGCGGUACGGCGGGUCAUCGCAAUGCUGGGGCGUCAUCUGGUCACUUGUCUCGUUGAUUUUUAUGGUUUGCGGAAUUCUCGCGGGGUUAGCAGCCUUCAAACAGAGUUUUGAACAGCAAGAGAAGGACAGUCAAGACUUUAUUCCUACCGUACGCAUGAUGAUGCGGGUAUGA